AUGUCGGCUCUAACUCGGCUGGCGUCUUUCGCUGCCAUUAGUGGCCGCCUUUUCAGAAGUGGCCGUGCAUGGACUGCUGGAGACGGUGGUGUCCGUCAUGCUGGUGGUGAUGUGCACAUGGAGCCCCGAUACAGAGAGUUCCCCCAGCUGACCAGAACCCAGGUGAUCUGGGGCGAGACCUUAAGUGCAACCAUAUGGUUCUGGAUUCUGUGGCAUUUCUGGCAUGACUCAGAAGCCGUGCUGGGUCACUUUCCGUAUCCUGAUCCUUCCCAGUGGACAGAUGAAGAAUAGGGUAUCCCUCCUGA